CUGAUUCAAAAGUAAAAAAACAAAGAAAAGAAAACAAAGUCCCCCCUCCCGCCAUUGACGCGUUUGUUCAUUCUUCUUAAGCAAUAAGAAACUGCAGACUAUACAAAUUUUAAAAAAAUAAUAAUUAAGAAAAAAAAACCCAUUAUUGUAACUGUGAAGAAGAACAGAGAGCCAAAAAAAUUGAAAAAGAAAAAAGAGAAAGGAUCCAUAAAUGAAAGGGAAAUCGAAGGGCUCGAAGAGAAAGCUAGGGUUAGCAACUACCCUUUUCUUAUGUUCACUUGCUUUCUUAGCUGGUUUGUUCACUUCAACUUUUUUCUCUCAGGAUGUGCCGAUUAUUAAACCCAGGCUGAGAAAGGUUGAAGUGGUGCAUGUUGAAGGUGAUAAGUAUCGUGAUUUGAUGCCUGUUGGAGAGACUGGGGAAAGUUCGAUUGAUUCUAUCCAUUUUCAGGUUUUAAGUUGGAAACCGCGAGCUUACUAUUUUCCCGACUUUGCAACUGCAGAACAAUGCGAACAUAUAAUUGGAAUGGCGAAAUUGAACCUUAAACCAUCUACUUUGGCUUUGCGCAAGGGAGAAACCGAAGAAAACACUAAAGGAACUAGAACAAGUUCGGGAACGUUUAUUAGUGCAUCCGAGGAUGAAUCCGGAACCUUGGACUUGAUCGAGAAAAAAAUUGCAAAGGUUACAAGCAUUCCACAGAGUCAUGGAGAGGCAUUUAAUGUUUUGCGGUAUGAGAUCGGACAGAAGUAUGAUUCUCAUUACGAUGCAUUCAAUCCAUCCGAAUAUGGUCCACAAUCGAGCCAAAGGGUUGCGUCAUUCUUGCUAUAUUUAUCCGAUGUAGAAGAAGGCGGAGAAACAAUGUUCCCAUUCGAGAAUGGCAUGAGUGUCAAAGGCUAUGACUACAGACAAUGUGUCGGUUUAAAAGUAAAGCCUCAAAGAGGGGACGGACUUUUGUUCUAUUCGCUGUUUUUGAACAGCACCAUCGAUCCGACAUCACUUCAUGGAAGCUGUCCAGUGAUCAAAGGUGAGAAAUGGGUUGCUACAAAGUGGAUUAGAGACCAACAACAAUUUGAUUAAUAGAAUGUAAACUUUAAUUUUUCUUUAAAAAAUCAUUAUAAACCUCUGCUUUUGGAAAUGAUUAAUAAUUUUUUGUGAGUUCAA